GGGCCUGGCGGGGAGUGGGCUCCAGUGCCGUUGUCAUUUACCAAGUAGCCUGCAGCUCAGGGUCAGCCUUGGGAGUGGGUCUGUGGGUCUGUGGGUCUCUCUGGCUCUAGGGUCCCUCAAGGGGGAGGCACAGGCACUGCUGAGACCAUUGAAGGUGCUGCCGGGCACAACGCUGCUGCCCUUGUCUGGCUUCAAGGAACUCUUUGUAAGCUGUGCGUUUCCCUGCUGUGGCAGUUCAGAGAGAAUGUGUGGGCAGGAUGCCAGCGCCACAGCCUGGUUAUGUCUGGGUGCCCUCCCUCACCUUCACCGAGUAGAGCACUGCCUGGGCUGUGUGUAGUGAGCAGAGCCGGGGCCAGGCUAGCAUACAGCCAUGUUCUGCCACCUUCACACCUGCAUGGCGAGCCCUGGACCUCCAUUCCCUUCUCAAAUCCUCAGUUUACUUAUCUGUGAAGUAGGAUUCCAAGGAUGAAAAGCUAGAGAGCUUGGCCCGUGGAGGACCCCAACAACAGGUGGUCCUGUGAGAGUCGGGCUGGGGUGGGCCUGCCCUGCCUCGAUGCCCUUAGGUCCCACCAGUGCUGCACCUUGGGAAGUGAAGAGUUUCUUCUUUGACACACAGUUGCACGUGGCCAGCUUAAUUCCCAAGAGAUUAGGGAUUUCGGGUGCAGUGGGAACCCUUGAUGCAUGGAGAAAAGGGAGCAGGGAGCAAGGGGCUUCGCAGACUCUGAAGCUGGUGUCUCAGUUCCUUGUUUCACAUCGGGGCUGGAAAUCCCCCACGGGGCAGUAAUUACUCAGGUCCUGGGGUUUACCUACGUAUCCCCUGAAACAGGGCCAGCAUGAGGCUGGUCAUUGGCAAGUCGCCCCACUGCACAGGCUGGCUCCACCUCUGUACAGGGAUCCAGAGCUGGACCAACGGUCCGAUUCACAGAGCAGCUUUCAGAUGUGUGAUGAGAGCCAGUAACAACAUUUUUUUUCCAACAGUUUGGUUUUAAAGAUGAUUCCACAUGCUCUGUUUUAGGCAGUCUUUCUGAAGACAGUCUGGUCUCUUGGACUCUGGAGAAGCCAGUGGUGUGACUGUGUGUCAGAAGGCAGGCCACAUGGGCAGCGUGGCUGGCUGGCCUUCAGGAGCAGCCUGGGAAGAAGCCCUGAGCAGCCAGGUCCUGCAUCUCAGCUGUGGUUGCAGGAUCAUGGAUGUGCAAGUGUCUGGCAGGAGCUGGGACACUGUGCUGACCAGAGGGUGCCCUGGCCUGUGCGGUCCCCAUGAGAUGCCCCCAGACACAUGUGUGAGUGCACACGUGAUGGCGUCUGCAGACAGAUCCGGAACAUGGUGGCGGUGCAGGAAGUCAUCUCCAGCCUGGAGAAAUACCCCAUUACCAAAGAGGCACUUGAGGAAACGCGACUUGGGAAGCUCAUCAACGAUGUCCGCAAGAAGACGAAGAACGAGGAGCUCGCCAAGCGGGCCAAGAAGCUGCUGCGGAGCUGGCAGAAGCUCAUCGAGCCCGUGCACCAGAAUGAGGCAGCGCUGCGGGGGCUGGCGGGCGGCCCCGGCUCCGCCAACGGGGGUGCACACAACUGCCGGCCGGAGGCGGGGACGGCUGGCACACCCAAGACCAUCCAUGACCUGAAGAACCGCAAUGACAUCCAGAGGCUGCCUGGGCCACGGCUGGACAGGUUGGGCAGCCGCAAGCGCCGGGGGGACCAGCGUGACCUUGGCCACCCUGGGCCGCCUCCUAAGGUCUCUAAAGUGAGCCACGACUCCCUGGUACCCAACUCAUCCCCCCUCCCCACCAACGGGCUCAGCGGGAGCCCCGAGAGCUUCCCUGGGCCCCUGGACGGCAGUGGGCACAUGGGCCCCGAGGGCAGCCGCCUGGAGCCUGGGGAGAUGGACAAGCACAGCGGCAAGAUCCCCAUCAACGCCGUGAGGCCGCACACCAGCUCCCCGGGCCUGGGCAAGCCCCCCGGGCCCUGCUUGCAGACCAAGGCUGCAGUGCUGCAGCAGCUGGACAGGGUGGAUGAGACUCCGGGCCCCCCCCACCCCAAGGGGCCGCCUCGCUGUUCCUUCAGCCCCCGGAACUCACGGCAUGAGGGCCCCUUUGCCCAGCAGCGGAGCCCGUACACACCCAGGGGCUCCGUGCCCAGCCCCUCACCGCGGCCCCCAGUGCUCGAUGCCACACAGGUGCCGUCACCGCUUCCACUGGCCCAGCCAUCAACGCCCCCCGUGCGGCGGCUCGAGCUGCUGCCCAGUGCGGAGAGCCCAGUGCGCUGGCUGGAGCAGCCUGACAGCCACCAGCGGCUCACAGGGCCCGGCUGUAAGGCUGGGCUGCCCCCAGCUGAGCCCCUCCUGCCCCGGGCGGGCUUCUCUCCGGACUCCUCCAAGGCGGACAGUGACGCUGCCUCCUCCGGCGGCUCGGACAGCAAAAAGAAGAAGAGGUACCGGCCUCGAGACUACACGGUUAACUUGGACGGGCAGGUAGCCGAGGUAGGUGUCAAGCCUGUCCGGUUAAAAGAGCGGAAGCUCACCUUUGACCCCAUGACAAGACAGAUCAAACCUCUGACCCAGAAAGAGCCAGUGCAGGCUGACAGCCCUGUGCACAUGGAGCAGCCCAGGACAGAGCUGGACAAGCCCGAGGCCAAGGCCAGCCUCCAGAGUCCUUUCGAACAGACGAACUGGAAGGAGCUGUCACGCAACGAGAUCAUCCAGUCCUACCUGAGCCGGCAGAGCAGCCUGCUUUCGUCGUCGGGCGCGCAGACCCCGGGGGCUCACCACUUCAUGUCCGAGUACCUGAAGCAGGAGGAGAGCAGCCGGCGUGGGGCCAGGAAGCCGCACGUGCUGGUGCCUCAUGGCCCGCCCUCGGACCUCCCGGGGCUGACCCGUGAGGUCACACAGGACGAUCUGGACAGAAUCCAGGCCCACCAGUGGCCGGGGGUGAACGGGUGUCAGGACACACAGGGUAACUGGUAUGACUGGACGCAGUGCAUAUCGCUCGACCCGCAUGGCGACGACGGGCGGUUGAACAUUCUGCCUUAUGUCUGCUUGGACUGACCGCCCGUCGGCCUCUAAGUGCAUUCCCACCUCACAGUGGGUGGGCGGGGCCCAGGGCCCAGCCACCUCCAGGGGUUGGGAGUCUGGGACUCUGGCCCGGGGCGGGCGGGAGGAGGCGGGAGUCUCAAGGUCUCUCUGCUCUGCCCUCAAGAUUCUCCUUCUUUUGUGAAAUGCUGCUACCAGUUUACUAACAAAAUUGCAAAGGAAGGACCGCGUGGAAGGAAGGCCGGCAAAGUGAGUUCAGAACUCUAUAGCAAACCAGCUAUAAAAAGCGUUAGUCCCCACCCCAGAAGAGGUGUGGACGCUUCCCAGCGCCAUAAGCUGGGCCCUCAGUUGCAGGCAGGCACAGAAAUCCUGUGGGAGAGGUUAUCUUUAACACAGCAACCGAAGCACGCAUCUCAUCAAUUUGCAUUUUCUCUUUUUUAAUUUGGCCCUGAGUGUCUGAGGCAGGUGGGCGACGCCGUGGCCUCUGUGUGUAACCCACUCGGCCAGCGUUUCCAUCAUGGUGCCAGAAGCUUCUCAGCUGUAGCGAGCUGCUGGUUUUGGGCGGGCCACCUGGCCGACCAGUUUGACCCACACUCCACGGGCAUCCACACAUUUGUAUCUGGUUCCAGUUAAAACCCAGUUUUUAAAGAAAUGCUGCAAAAAUUUAAGUUUUCUAGAGUUUAUUUCAUCCCUCUCUUCCAUCUGACCACCAGCCAGAUAAUUUUCCUUUCUUUCUACCUGUUCAUUUUCUCCUUCUUGCACAUGUCUAGAAAAUUUCACCUUUCUAGAAUCCCUUCCCAAAAGACACAAAAGUAACCGCGGGUGCUACUGGUGUGUAAGCUGUCCUGUUGGGCGCAGAGACCUGUGUGUACGCUGGAAACACUCAUAACCAUUCCUUUAGAUUCGUUUGCCUUAUGGUUAUUGUCAUAAACGCGAUUUGCAAAAACAAGGAGCCUUAGUGAAUGUACAGUACCUAGACUUCUGUGUUCUCAGGACACAGAAGGGAGCAACUUUGCUAUUUGGUCCAGUAAGUGGACACCUUGUGAUAUAAAUGUGGAAAUAAAAAAAAACCAUUUGCACAAA